AUGGGUAGACCACCUUGCUGUGAUAAAAUUGGUGUGAAGAAAGGGCCAUGGACUCCGGAAGAAGAUAUCAUCUUGGUUACUUACAUUCAAGAACAUGGACCUGGGAAUUGGAGGGCAAUUCCUUCUAACACUGGUUUGCUUAGAUGCAGUAAGAGUUGCAGGCUCAGAUGGACUAAUUACCUCCGUCCGGGGAUCAAGCGGGGUAACUUCACUGAACAUGAGGAGAAGAUGAUUAUCCACCUCCAAGAUCUUCUUGGAAAUCGAUGGGCUGCCAUAGCUUCUUAUCUUCCUGAGAGAACUGACAAUGAUAUUAAGAAUUACUGGAACACUCACUUGAAAAAGAAACUCAACAAGCUUCAACAAGUUGGAACCAGUUCUAGUCCUAGUGAAGGAACACUGAGUGCAACAACCCCAGAGGGAUUUGAUUCGCUGUUUAGCUUCAAUUCUGAUGAGUCGGACGAGGCUACUGCGAAUUUCACAUCUGAAGAUGGGGUUUUCCAGGAUGAAAAUCAGCCAAAUUUGAACAAUCAAAUGCCUCUUUCUUUGCUGGAGAAAUGGCUUUUUGAUGAGUAG